AUUUGUGCUAGCGAGCAGGAUCGCAAGGCUCGUGUGGUGGACCCAGGCGGAGGGUGGCACAGUCGCUGGCAGCUCGUGGCUUGUGUCACCGUCAUCUACAACUGGCUCGCCAUCAUCUGCAGGGCGAGCUUCCCAGACAUCCAGAGGCAGCACGCCGCGCUACUGCUCCCCGUGGACUACCUCUGCGACGCCGUCUACCUCGCCCACAUGGCCCUUGCGAGCCGCACUGGUUUUAUGGAGCAUGGGUUUCUGGUAACGGACGUGGUCAGGAUCCGUGAGCGCUACUUGCAGUCAUCUCGGUUCAAACUCGACGUCUUGUCCGUCCUCCCAACGGACAUCCUCUACCUGUGGGUCGGCACAAACCGCCCCGAGUUGCGGUUCAACCGCCUCCUGCGAGUCUCGUGCGUGUUCGACUGUUUCGACCAAAUCGAGACGCGGACGAAAUACCCGAAGAGCUUCCGCAUCUUCAAGCUGGUCGUGUACAUCUACGCCAUGGUCCACUGGAACGCGUGCGUCUACUUCCUGCUGUCCGCCCACAUCGGUUUUGGCACCGACGGCUGGGUCUACCCUAACACCUCGACGGCCACGUUCGCGCCCACGGCGCACCAGUACCUGCACUCCCUCUUCUUCUCGUCGCUCGUCCUCUUCACCGUGGGCAACAUGCCCCGGGCCGAGCAGGACGUGGAGUACGCCUUCAUGAUCGUUGACUUGCUGAUCACCGUAUUUGCGUUCGCCACCAUUGUCGAGUACAUCUCGGGCAUCGUUUUACGGGACAAAGCCGACGUGCGGUUCAUAGCAAACUUCUGCGAGGUGAGAAAGUACGUCAAGUAUCACGGCAUUGGCCAGGAGACGGAGCGCAGGGUGGUGACCUGGCUCGAGUUCUUGCACUUCGGCAAGAAGGCGCUCGGCGGGGAGGAGGAGGCGGCGCUGCGGCGGCUGCCCAUCACGCUCAGGGCCGCCAUCGCCAUCGACGUCCACAUGCACACGCUGCGCAAAGUGGAGCUGUUUCGCAACUGCGAGAUGGGGCUGCUGGAGGAGCUAGUGCUGAAGCUGCGGCCCAAGCUCUACAGCGCGGGGGACUACGUGUGCCGGAAGGGCGAUGUCGGCAGGGAGAUGUACUUUGUCAAGGAUGGGAACCUGGCGGUGGUAGCGGACGACGGCGUCACGCUGCACGCUGUCUUGGCGGAGGGCAGCUACUUUGGUGAGAUCAGCCUCCUGAACAUCACCGGCAGCAGAGCGGGCAAUCGGCGCACGGCAAACAUCAGGAGCAUCGGUUACUCGGACCUAUUUUGUCUCUCGAAGGGCGACCUGCAAGAGGUGCUGUGCGAAUACCCCGCGGCACGCGACAUCAUGGAGGAGAAGGGCAGGCAGAUCUUGGCGGGCAUGGCCCUUCUGAGCGAUGACGUCGCUGUUGCCGCGCCUACCGGCGGCGGCGGUUUCUGCGCAAUCCCUGGGGGAGCCCUGAGCGAUAUGGAGCACUCCGUGGAGGCCCUGCAGAUGCAGGUGGCGCGAUUGCUCGCGGAGCACCGCUCCAUGCAAAGGAGGAUGAACGCGAGGCUCUGCGAGCUGGAACGCAUCUGGGGCGAAGCGGAUUCCCACGAGGGUAGCAGUGAGAACGAUUAAUUUGUGGGCUCUGACAUCAACACGCAGUACACUGAAUAUACUUCUUGCAUCAGAAUAAAAAAAAAUCGAGCACG